CGCAAGGCGGAUGGCUCCGCCGGACCUGUGAAGAGCGUCCUCACCUUUCCGCAGCACCUCAUUGCUGCGGGGACGCGGUGGCGGGCGGGCGGGCAAUCUUGAGGUGCUGGUGGAAUCCCUGUCAGCGUCCCGUGUUAGGCGGACCAGGCCUAGGGUAGCUCCCGCCUGGCUCCCCCGUCGCCCAGCAGAGCCCAUGGACAGCCCCGUUCUCCCCUAGAGCCGCCGGCUCUGCCUGCAGGACCUGCUCCCCUCAGCCGGCCCCGUGCCAUUCACACCAAAGGUAAAAAGCUCCUGUUGGUGGAAGGGAAAAAACGAAGAGGCUCAAACUUUCUUAUGAGGAGAGACUGGGAGAGCUGGAGCUGUUCAGUUGGAGAAGAGAAGCUGAAAGGGAUCUGAUCAAUGGGAUCAAUAUCUCAGGCCCAAAGAUACAUCUCACUGCUUCUUGUGGGCCCUGGGUGAGCUGGAUGGACACUUGGAGGAAGCAGCCUGAGCUGGUGAGACAACACUGAGCAAUCCCUGGGAGUGAGUAAAGGAACAGCCCAGGCAGCCGAAACACCAAACGUAGGGAUCAGUUUUUUUUAAGGUACGCCUAUUCACAUACCCACAAGGACCAAGAUAAUUAUAUCCCAGCGGUCUUCCCAGCACGUGGGCACCAAGACAAGUGCGUCCAGAUGAUCCCAGUGACUUCAGGAGAGGCUCCAGUAUAAGCUCAGCAGAAUGUGCAGCAGCUCAAGCUUUCUCAUCAGCACAAAGGAUGCUUGGCUGUCGAGGGGCAAGGUGUUGCUGGAGCAGGUGAUGCAAUUCCAGGCCAGGCCACGUUGUUGGGGCUGUGCAGUUUGCCCACUUUCCGUGCUUGAAGUGCUUCAUGCACCGUGGCUGCUGAACUUCAUCCCUCUGCUUUGUAGAAGCAUCGAUGUGCUCACGUCUGCCUUCCCUCACAGUAUCGUGUGGGGUUGCCUUUGAAAUUGAAUAUGGCUGAUAUUGUCCCCCAACGUGCGACUGUCCCUGUGCUGAGCAACGUGGGCAAUGAAACCCCAGAAACGUCUGCAGAGCUGGGUGCGAGGAGAGCACUGAGUGCUCCAUGGGUGCCCUCUGUGAGCUGCAGAAACUCCAUAAGCUUCUUUAACCCCCUGCUCUGCGCUCUUUUAUUUUGAGACUCCGUCUUAUUUCUCUCAACAUUUAUCUAGAUCAGCUCCAGGUGACUCUGGAUGUCUCCCGCCACAGGAAGCCUUUGCUAACAAGCGGAACCUCGUCUGCAGGUGCAUCUGAUCUCCAUUUCCAGCCUGACCUAGUGGUUCCUAAUCCCCGUUAAUGCUACCGAGGUCUGUUUUACUCCCAGGCGUGCACAGAGCUAUGCAGGUGACAGAGGCUGCUCUCAGCCCUGUAACUGGAGCGCAGGCUCAUGCUGUUCAACUACAUGCUAAUAAAUUUUCAGCUGCAAGCAAAGAAAUUCUCAUUAGCACUGUGAGCUCUGUCAACCUCUUAUAUUCAUACUGCUAACUCUUCAAAGAGUUAUUUUAAAAAGGAGACUAUUUAGAGAAGCGUCGUCUUUAAAUGUGCUUGGCCACUCACUUUUAAGUGAAGUUCAAUUUAUCCGAUCAAUUAGUAACACUAGUUAUUCCUGAGAUUGAUUUCAAGCCAAUUAAGCUGCAGUUUCCUUUAAAACAUUCAGCUGCCUGAAAGUUUUUGAGUCGCUGCGAAGAGGAAACUCAAUCUGCAGCAAAAGCACUGCUCUGACUGACUUGUGAAAUGUUGAAGAAUGAUGUUAAUCUCAGAUUUGCCCAGCGCCGUUGCUGGUGCGGACUGAAAUAAUAAUGAAUAGAAGGCAGGUGUAUUGAGUUCCCUUAAAAAAAACCCUCCUGGGGAUGUCUGGCAGGCUAAGAGCCCUGUGACAGGCUGCACCUACCAAACAGAGAGGGUGAGACAGAGAUUAAGUGUGAGAGAAGGGGAGGCGGAAGGCGAGACAGAGGGAGCAGCUGAGAAGGAUCCCAGGGACCCAGGACCGAUCCCACAGCUCAGCACCGACCGCAGAAAGGACACUAGGACCUGCAGCUUCCACAGCAGCCGCGACAGGAGGGGACCCCAGGGGUGGCACACGCAGCCUCUCUGACAUCACCUUGACCUUCAGUGCAGUGACCAACUGGACGCCCAUGCUGCAUGGACAUGGCUUGGCCAAAUGAUUCAAGCACGAGCCGAGCUUUUGACCUUGGUCAUCUCUUCAUGAACUGGACAAUCCAGUCAGCUUUUUGGACCUCCCAGGUCUUGGUUUCUUCACUUCUUGCUCUGUCUGAGCCGUGCGGUGGCUGCCGACCGUCUCUAGGAAGAGUUUGGCCAGUUGUCACCUCUCAGAAGGAGCAGGCGUCGCAUUGAUACACUGAAGAAGGGAAACAGAAAAUCAGAAGAGUCUCGAUUCCGGAUAAAAUGUACUUUUAUAAUCCCGUCCUGAAAUAACUGAGCUGCAGCUGUUGUCUCUUGACACUUCUUCACCGCUCUUCGUUAGGGGAAUGAACUCACUUCCAGGGAAAAACAUGCGGUGAAAGCAGUGACCGCUGCUGAAUGUCCCGGGCUUCAUGAUGACAUUUUGCAGGUUUUCAGUGGCAUGCGGUAGCGUAUCCACCGGCACGCAGGGGUUAACAGGACUUUUGGGUGGGCGGCUGGAAAACAAGCUGUGAAAUGGAAGAAGGUCAGUCUCUUGGAGGAGUUUGCUCUGUCACAGAUGGUUUUAAGUUAUCCGUCUGUCUGUAGGAGAGGUCUCUAUUCCUUCCCCCCCAAGAAAACUGUAAAACCAGGGCUGGAAAUAAAGCAAAGCAUGAUUGGGUCUGGGUUUGGUGGAGCAGGCAGAAUCGUAGCUCUCCUGGUACUUGCUAGACCCAACCAUCUGAUUAGGAAUUCCCCAGUUGUUCAAGCAGCCCCCAACAGCAAAAUGCCAUUUGAGACUAAAUCUCUUGGGCAGCGCACUUUUCAGUGAGGGAUGAAUGAGAGCUGAACUCAGGUUUUGGUAGAAUCCGAGAAAUGUUUCCUCUGGGAGCAUCCCCAUUAGUUGUUAUUGUCUGUAGAGACUUAACAGCUGGUUUUAUUAGAGGUUGAGUCUACAGCAUCCAGUCAACAAGGUAACAUAACUACUGCUCUAGACCAGUAAGACAAAUGUCUAAGGAAACAUCUUUGGGAUGAUCAUUGGCCAAAGCAGGUGGAGAAAGGGACAGAGGGAAACCCAUGAGGACGUUGCUAGAAAAGUGUCUGCCACUGAGUGAGCUGCUGCUGGAAACUCCUUGUUGUCUUAUUUUCUUGGCUUAUUAACUUUAAAAUUGUUUAAUGUGACUUUGGAGUUGCCUCUGCAAACAUAACAAAGGAUGUAGAACUGAAUGAUGUUCGCCCAAGCACCAGUUGGAACAAUGGCAUUUUCCUCUAUUGACACUGGGAAGGUAUAAAUACCGUCACCAGCAAUAACUGUCCAAAAAGAAAGAAGGAAUGAAGAAAAUGACUCCAGAAUUUCUUUUUCACAUUUAUCUUUCAAAUUAUUGAUGGAAAUAGUGGUUCCUAGCCCUGCAAAGGAGAAGUUUUUGAUAUCAGGAUCAGACGAGCUGAUGGAUCAUACUGUUAUCACCAGUGUCUUUUCCACCGAAUAAUCAUGUUUCUCAGACUCGCAGAAACAAUGCACUGCAUGGAUUUUCUGUCUUAUCCUGGCCAACAUCUUAGCUCCAGUUUCUGGUUCUGUCAGCCCAGACGUCGUGCAAUCCAUGGUCACCGCGAUAAAAAACCUUCUAUUGCCAACUUCUGGAUCCAGCCCUUUGUCUCAGAGUUGAACGUGAGGAUUUAAUAUGAAUAUAUGGCACAUCAUGCAAUGGGAAAAAAAGGAUUGUAUGCUCUUGGCCAGAAGUGAAUGAAAGCAAACUCCCAACCUGAGCAGUUAGUGCUGCCGGGAGAAGAUAUAAUAGCAUUGGGUCCCAAACUGGCCACCUCUGUGAACAUCUGGGAUUAAAUAGAGUUACCUUUGCUUCUAAGUGAGCUUUUUGAGUAGAGGUAGGAAGGUUUACAAGUUGCAAAAGCAGACAAAGCAAAAGAUUUUGGGGCACAAUAUACUGCACUUGUACUUCUAGGGUAAACCUGUCUGUGGAAAUACGUGGCUUGCAACUGCUGAUGGGAUCAAAUUCAGGUGUCUGUGUUGAAUAACUCAGAUUAAAGACUUUACUUUUGAAGGCCAAGCCUGGGUGUGGUUGCCCUGUACACAAAUACAAUAAUCCACUGGUUUCCUUCUCUGCUAAGGACUUAUGGGAUCUCCAAAGGACUCGUGGCCUCUGAGAACCAGUCUGGCAUGUCCUACAAAUCUUGAACGUACAGCUCGUCCUUUCCUUGGACAAGCCAUCGAUCUGCACAGACCUUUGUGGUGCAAAGUCCCGACCCAGCUCACAUUUGGAAACCCAGCGUUGCCUUGACUGAUGUUCACAUCUGGCCAAGUUUGCUCGUUGCGUCGUUUGGGGCUCACCAAGGGCUCGGGGUGAUUGGGGAGCAGGGCUGUGGAACGACCCACCUACAACUACAGUGUAGAGACAUCCCAGCUGGGCAGCCAUGGAGCGCAGCCUUGGCUUCUAGGAGAGCGGAGGGAUGGGAGCGGGACAAGAAUUUGUCAUUGCUAUUGCCAUUUAGUGACGUUGACACCAGACUAAUAAGGGGCGUGGCUUCUUUAAUGCAAAUCACCAAUAUCUGUGACCAGGAGUCCCGUUGAGGAGCCAUGAGGAGCUCCAAGGUCUGAGCCAGCGAACAAAGCCACCGCGGACCCAGCAGACGCGACAGUGACUUCAAGGAUCAUCUCAGAAGCUCAGUGCGUAAGGAGAACCUGUAGUCCGGUUGCUCUGACCAUAGGCAGCUGAGCAAAGCAUCAUGACGAGCCAGCAGGCAGCAAAGAACUUCAAGAAAUCUGCUGUCCCGGGAGUUCUUAUCACACAGUUUGUGGACGAUAUUCCAGAAGGAUGCAGCACACCUGACUUUGAGCGGAAACCUCUCACUCUGACACUGCAGGAAGGUAAAAAUGCUGUUUUCAGAGGUGUCGUCACAGGUGUCCCAACCCCUGCCAUCAAAUGGACGCGUAUCCAAGGAGGAAUGGAUGAUCCUGCCAAAUAUGAAACAUUCUUCGAUAGUGUUACAAGGGAAUUUGUUCUGCAGAUAAACAAUCUCACCACAAAAGACAGCGAUUUGUAUCGUUGCUUCGCUGUGAAUGAAUACGGGGAAGCUUCCUGCUCUGCUGGCCUCAGGAUCAUCCAAGUUGGAUUUAAGAGGAAAGCGAAAUAUGUUCCUGUUCAUGCUGCUGAUGAGUUAAAGAAGAAGCUUCAGGACUCCAGGAGGAUGCUGAAGAAACGGACCCCACUGCCAAAACCAAAACCCUUGGACAAAGAAGCCGUCUGGCAACUCUUGCUGCAUGCAGAUAGAAGGGAUUAUGAAAAGAUCUGCUUGAAAUAUGGAAUCGUUGACUUCCGUGGGAUGCUGAGAAAGCUGCAGGAGUUGAGGAAGGACACGGAGACUGAACAAGGAGAGUUAAUACACAGCAUCAAAAACUUUGAGCACAUCAGAGUCAACAGGGAGGGAAAUGCUACAUUCAGCCUGGAGAUGGACCUGAAAAACAGCAAGAGCAAAGUUUAUCUGCUGAAGGAUGGCGAGAGGCUCAGAUACGGAACAGGGGAUGAAUACAGAAAGCACUGCCUGCGGCAGAUUGGAAAGAAGUACAAUUUCAUUGUCAACGAUGUGCAGCCAGAAGAUGCAGGCGUGUAUCAAGUCCGAGUGGAGGGCGUCCCUGUGUUCUCAACUGAACUGGAUGUUGAAUCCAUCCCUGUGCGAUUCGAGAAGCCGCUCCAGGACGUGCGUUGUCCUGAGGAAGAAGACGCCGUUUUCGAGUGUAUCCUGCGCACCCCCUGCUACGAUGCCGUGUGGCUGCACAGAACCCACCCCCUGGAGCCCAGCGAGAGGCACCAGAUCUCCGCGACACCCGACGGCCUGACCCACAAGCUGGUUGUCAAAAACGUGGUGCCCGCUGACAACGGGAUGUACACGCUGGACACGGGGCUCUGCUCCUCAAACGCCUGGCUUAUCGUGGAGUAUGCCAAAGGAAAGAGGAGGCAGGAUGGAGGAGACGAGAAAGAGCCAUCCGAGUGGGUGAAAGAAACAUCGCCAGAUAAAGACAGGGCUAAGAAAAUUAGACGCAGAGGAUAUGAUGGUGAUGAAGAUCAUCCCAUGGACACUGAUGAGGAAAAAGAUGGCUGGUACAGAAACGGUCAAGCUGGCAGUCAAGGCGGUUCUGUUGAUGAAAGCCAUAUAUUUUUGGGAAAAGAGAGGCUACGUAGAGUUGAGAUAAAUGAAAAGACAGAGUCUGGGCAGGUUUCUGAAGCAGACCUAGAUGGAGACGCAGUGAUAAGCGAUGGUCGUAUCUUUGGGUUAAAAGGAGGAUUAAGGUCUGUCCAAGGCAAGAACUCUGUGCCAGGCAGAGCAGAUGUGGAUGGCAAGGAUGGUCUCCCGGUGGGAGAUGAUAUGAUUGGAGUGAGUUUCAAGAGAGCAGGACAAGUAGGGGCUGCCCCGGGAAGGGCUGGCCUGGGACCCCAUGCCGCCGGUCAGCUGGAUCAAGAGGGAAAGCCUGGUUUGAUGUACGGCCCAGAUGGGCUUCCAGCUGGAGAUGGAUAUGGCGCAGGAGGCAGACUGGUAGGGGAAAUGGGGGCUUUGUAUGGUCCAGAUGGUCUCCCAGCCGGGGCUGGAAUUGGUGGUGCUGGUGUAGCUGGUGCAGGAGGAGCUGGGUCUCCAUACGGAAAGGAUGGGCUUCCAGUUGGUGCUGGUCUUGGUGGAGCUGGGGCAGGGGGAUUCGGGUCUCCUUAUGGAAGGGAUGGUCUCCCAGCUGGAGCUGGCACUGGUGGACCUGGUGCAGGCAGAGUUGGAUUUCCCUAUGGAAAGGAUGGUCUCCCAGCUGGAGGUGGUGCUGGUGUAGGGGGAUUUGGAGCUGCUUAUGGAAGGGAUGGUCUCCCAGCUGGAGCUGGCAUUGGUGGAGCUGGUACAGGCGGAGCUGGAUUUCCCUAUGGAAAGGACGGUCUCCCAGCUGGAGGUGGUGCUGGUGUAGCUGGUGUAGGGGGAUUUGGGGCUCCUUAUGGCAAGGAUGGUCUUCCAGCUGGGGCUGAUGUAGCUGGAGCAGGGGGAGUUGGAUUUCCCUAUGGCAAGGAUGGUCUCCCAGCUGGAGCAGGAGUUGGCGAAGCUGGUGCAGGGGGAUUUGGGGCUUCUUAUGGAAAGGACGGACUCCCAGUCGGGGCUGGUGUUGGUGGUGCUGGUGUAGCUGGUGCAGGGGGAGUUGGGGCUCCCUAUGGCAAGGAUGGUCUCCCAGCUGGAGCAGGAGUAGGUGGAGCUGGUGCAGCUGGUGCAGGGGGAUUUGGGGCUCCUUAUGGAAAAGAUGGACUCCCAGUCAGGGCUGGUCUUGGUGGUGCUGGUGUAACUGGUGCAGGAGGAGUUGGGUCUCCUUAUGGAAAAGAUGGUCUCCCAGCUGGAGCAGGUAUUGGUGGCGCUGGUGUAGCUGGUGUAGAGGGCUUAGGAUCUCCAUAUGGAAAGGAUGGUCUUCCAGCUGGAGGAGGUAUUGGUGGAGCUGGUUCAGGGGGACUUGGAUCUCCGUAUGGAAUAGAUGGUCUCCCAGCUGGGGCUGGUCUGGGUGGUGCUGUUGCAGGAGGAGCUGGGUUUCCCUAUGGGAAGGAUGGUCUUCCAGCUGGAGCAGGUGUUGCUGGUGCAGGGGGAUUUGGGGCUCCUUAUGGCAAGGAUGGUCUCCCAGCUGGGGCUGGAAUUGGUGGUGCUGGUGUAGCUGGUGCAGGAGGAGUUGCGUAUCCAUAUGGCAAGGAUGGUCUCCCAGCUGGGUCUGGAAUUGGUGGUGCUGGUGUAGCUGGUGCAGGAGGAGUUGGGUAUCCCUAUGGCCAGGAUGGUCUCCCAGCUGGGGCUGGAAUUGGUGGUGCUGGUGUACCUGGUAUAGGUGGAGUUGGGUCUCCAUAUGGAAAGGAUGGCCUUCCAACAGGGGCUGGUGCUGGUCUAGCUGGUGUAGCUGGUGCAGGGGGAGUUGGGUCUCCAUAUGGAAAGGAUGGUCUCCCAGCUGGGGCUGGACUUGGUGGUAUAGCUGGUGUAGGAGGAGUUGGGGCUCCUUAUGGCAAAGAUGGUUUCCCAGCUGGGGCUGGAAUUGGUGGUGCUGGUGUACCUGGUAUAGGUGGAGUUGGGUCUCCAUAUGGAAAGGAUGGCCUUCCAACAGGGGCUGGUGCUGGUCUAGCUGGUGCAGCUGGUGCAGGGGGAGUUGGGUCUCCAUAUGGAAAGGAUGGUCUCCCAGCUGGGGCUGGACUUGGUGGUAUAGCUGGUGUAGGAGGAGUUGGGGCUCCUUAUGGCAAAGAUGGUCUCCCAGCUGGGGCUGGUUUAGGUGGUGCUGGUGUUGCUGGUGCAGGAGGAUUUGGGUUUCCAUAUGGAAAGGAUGGUCUCCCAGCUGGGGCUGGUCUAGGUGGUGCUGGUGUUGCUGGUGCAGGAGGAGUUGGUUCUCCCUAUGGCAAGGAUGGUCUCCCAGCUGGGGCUGGUCUAGGUGGUGCUGGUGUUGCUGGUGAAGGAGGAGUUGGUUCCCCCUAUGGCAAGGAUGGUCUCCCAGCUGGGGCUGGUCUAGGUGGUGCUGGUGUUGCUGGUGCAGGAGGAGUUGGGUUUCCACAUGGAAAGGAUGGUCUCCCAGCUGGGGCUGGUCUAGGUGGUGCUGGUGUUGCUGGUGCAGGAGGAGUUGGGUUUCCAUAUGGAAUGGAUGGCCUUCCAGCUGGAGGAGGUAUUGGAGCUGGUACAGGAGUUGGGUCACCCUAUGGAAAGGACGGUGUCCCAGCUGGAGCAGGAGUGGGUGGUGCUGGUGUAGCGGGAGCGGCAUCUCCGUAUGGAAAGGAUGGUCUUCCAGCUGGGGCUGGUAUUGCUGGUGCUGGUGUAGCUGGUGCAGGGGGAUUUGGGGCUCCUUAUGGAAAGGACGGACUCCCAGCUGGGGCUGGUCUUGGUGGUGUAGCUGGUGCAGGGGGAGUUGGUGCGCCUUAUGGAAAAGACGGUCUCCCAACUGGAGCGGGUAUUGGUGGUGUAGCUGGUGAAGGGGUGGCUGGGAUUCCUUAUGGAAAGGAUGGUCUCCCAGCUGGGGUUGGUCUUGGUGGUGCUGGUGUAGCUGGUGCAGGGGGAGUUGGGGCUCCAUAUGGAAAGGAUGGUCUCCCAGCUGGGGCUGGAGUUGGUGGUGCUGGUGUAGCUGGUGCAGGGGGCCUUGGGUCUCCAUAUGGAAAGGAUGGUCUCCCAGCUGGAGCAGGCUUUGCUGGAGCUGGUGUAGCUGGUGCAGGAGGAGUUGGUUCCCCCUAUGGCAAGGAUGGUCUCCCAGCUGGGGCUGGUCUAGGUGGUGCUGGUGUAGCUGGUGCAGGAGGAGUUGGGGCUCCUUAUGGCAAGGAUGGUCUCCCAGCUGGGGCUGGUCUAGGUGGUGCUGGUGUAGCUGGUGCAGGAGGAGUUGGGGCUCCUUAUGGCAAGGAUGGUCUCCCAGCUGGGGCUGGUCUAGGUGGUGCUGGUGUAGCUGGUGCAGGAGGAGUUGGGUCUCCAUACGGCAAGGAUGGUGUCCCAGCUGGGGCUGGACUUGGUGUAGCUGGUGCAGGGGGAGCUGUGGCUUCUUACGGCAAGGAUGGUCUCCCAGCUGGAGUAGGUGCUGGUGUAGCUGGUGCAGGAGGAGUCGGGUCUCCGUAUGGAAAGGAUGGUCUUCCAGCUGGGGUUGGUGCUGGUCUAGCUGGUGUACCUGGUUCAGGGGGAGCUGGGUCUCCAUAUGGAAAGGAUGGUCUUCCAUCUGCAGCUGGUAUUGCUGGUGCUGGUGUAGCUGGUGCAGGGGGAGCUGGGGCUCCUUAUGGCAAGGAUGGUCUCCCAGAUGGGGCUGCUGCUGGUGGUGCUGGUGUAGCUGGUGCAGGGGGAGUUGGGUCUCCCUAUGGAAUAGAUGGUCUCCCAGCUGGGGCUGGUGGUGCUGGUGCAGGGGGAGCUGGGGCUUCUUAUGGAAAAGAUGGUCUCCCAGCUGGAGUAGGUGUUGGUGGUGCUGGUGUAGCUGUUGCUGGAGGAGCUGGGUCUCCCUAUGGAAGGGAUGGUCUCCCAGCUGGGGCUGGGGCUGGUGUAGCUGCUGCAGGGGGAGUUGGUUCCCCCUACGGAAAGGAUGGUCUCCCAGCUGGUGCUGGUCUAGGUAGUGCUGGUGUAGCUGCUGCAGGGGGAGUUGGGUCUCCUUAUGGAAAGGAUGGUCUCCCAGCUGGGGCUAGAGCUGGUGUAGCUGGUGCAGGAGGAGUUGGGUCUCCCUAUGGCAAGGAUGGUCUUCCAGCUGGGGCUGGUCUUGGUGGUGCUGGUGUAGCUGGUGCAGGAGAAGUUGGGUCACCAUAUGGAAAGGAUGGUCUCCCAGCCAGUGCUGGUGUAGCUGGUGCAGCUGGUGCAGGAGGAGUUGGGUCUGCCUAUGGAAGGGAUGGUGUCCCAGCUGGGGCUGGAAUUGGUGGAGCUGGUGCAGGGGGACUCGGGUCUCCCUAUGGAAGGGAUGGUGUCCCAGCUGGAGCCGGUGCUGGUGGACCUGGUGCAAGGGGCUUUGGUUCUUUCUAUGGAAAGGACGGUCUCCCAGCUGGGUCUGUGGCGGGAGCUGCUCAUAUUCCUUAUGGAGGUGAAGGAGCGAUGGGAUCUUACCCUGGCAGGGAUUUUAUGCUGAGCAGAGCUCCAGGAUACAUAGGUGGAGCAGGAGGAGAUGGCUUUUCCUCAGAAGGUGGUGGCGUUGGUGGCUCUGCCAUACGGAGUGCCGGGUCUGCCUAUGACAAGGACAGCGGGUCCGGUGGAGCCAGGGCUGGUAUGGCUGGUGUGGGCAGGUUGGGAGGCGGUGACAGGGAGUUGCAUUCAGUCCGUGGUAAAGACGGUGCGGCAGGUGCUGCUGGACGAGGUGGUGAACGUGGGCUGGACUCGCGUCCUGGCAAAGCUUCUCCGGGAGAUGAAGCUGGGAUGGGCACUGCCAGGGAUCUCAGAGGAGCAGAGAGCAAAGGUGCAGCUCAUGACAGAGAUUCAGUUUCAGGUCAAGAUGCCAGGGGCGAGGGCAGAGAUUCAGGACAGUUAGGCUCCCGUUACGACAAAGAUUCUGCGUGGAGUAGAUCGCAUAACAGAUCUGUUCGGGGGAGGAGUUCAGGUGGUGUUGGUCAAGGCCCAUCGGAUUAUGGUCAGGUGUCAGACCUUUACGCUGGACCUCCUUCAAUAAACAAGAAAAAAGGGGAGCCCAGCUUUGAAAUGAAAGCAAAUGAUUUAUUGAAGAUGCCGGAAAGUACAGAAAAAAGAAAACGUUAUUGCCUGGAUGAUCCGAAAGCUCUGCGCUGUUAUGUCAACAAGCAGCUGCUGGAUAUCAGAGUUGUGAAAGGGGAACCGGCUGAGCUGUCUUGUGCUGUCAGUAAACCCGACGUGGUAGGAACCUGGUUUAAAGAUGGAUUAAAGUUGACAAGCAUGGAAGGAGUUGUCUUUGAAAAGGAAGGUCUGGUCCACAAACUAGUUAUUAACAAAGUGGAAGAUAUUCAUGCUGGGAAAUACAGGUUUGAAGGUGGUGAUAUAAAAACUGAAGCUUCAAUCUUUGUGGAAGAUCCUCCACAGGUUGACAAAGUGGUCCUCAAAAACUUAACGAGUGUUCCUACUGUGGCCAAGGCAGGACAGCCGGUCAAGAUCAAGAUCCCUUUCCAGGGCCGGUUGCCCAUCAGAGCCACGUGGCUCAAGGACAAGAUGGAGCUGGCGGAUGACGCCCGGAUUCGUGUCGAUAAAACCGACACCUUUACCAUGCUGUCCAUCCCCAGCAGUGACAGGAAGGACUGUGGGGAUUACAAAGUCAGGCUGAAGAAUGACAGCGGGGUCGUGGAGAUCGACUUAAAGCUUGUGGUAGUAGACAAGCCCCAACCACCUGCCGGACCCAUCAAAAUCGUAGAAAGCUCUGCAAACGACAUCACCAUUCAGUGGAAUCCCCCAAAGGAUGAUGGGGGCAAACCGCUACAAAGGUAUGUCGUGGAGAGACAGCAGAUGGGGAAGAACGAGUGGGAGACUUUGGGAGAGACCCCCAAGAGCUGCACCACCUUCACGACUAACAAAGUGGAGCAAGACAUGAGCUACUACUUCAGGGUGAGAGCUGUGAACGCCGAGGGAACGAGCGAUGCGCUGGAAUCGGGUGAAGUGAAGGCCGUCAGCAAAGCUACACCUGGUGCCCCGGAUCCCCCUGAGGUUGUCAGUGCCAGCAAAGACACCAUCACAAUAAUGUGGAAAGCACCUCGUAAGACUGGCAGUUCCCGAAUUGUGGGAUACAUUGUGCAAAAACGCAAGAAGGGCACCGUGACCUGGCUGCCGGUCAACAACACACCUGUAGCAGACAAGAAGCUGAAAAUGACCAAUCUCAAGCGAGGGCUGCAGUACGAAUUCCGGGUGGCAGCUGUCAAUGCUGCUGGCAUGGGAGAUGCCAGUGAACCGUCACAGGCUGUGUUUGCAAGGGAUUCCACCAAACCUCCAGGUCAAGUGCAGGACCUUAAAGUGAGCAGCAGUAAUGGCACUAGUAUCACCCUGACAUGGAAGAGACCUGAAUCAAAAGAUGGGUUUGAUGUGAAAGGCUAUGAGGUAGAGAUGCGGUCGUACAACAACCUCAACUGGACCAAAUGCAAUGCUCUUCCCAUAGAGGCAACCACUUACACGAUUAAAGGCCUCCAAGCCAAGGAGACGUACUUCCUACGGGUGAGAGCCCUCAAUGACAGUGGCGCAGGAGAAGCCGCAGAGCUGGAAGCUUGUGUUAAAGAUGCUCCCCCAGUAGUUGCUCCCAGGUUACUGAUAGAUGACACAGUGAAAAACCUCCUGGUUGUAAAAGCAGGGAAUACCAUCCGAGUUACCAUUCCCUUUGAAGCGUCUCCAGAUCCAGUGGUGACCUGGUUAAAGGAUGGGCUUUCUCUCUCAAACCGGGCUACGAUCAAUACUGAAAAUGGUACCACCCAGCUGCUCAUUGGAGCAGCUGAGUUCCCCGACAGCGGCACCUACACCAUCGAGCUCCAGAACAGCUUGGGGAAAAGAGAAACGUUCACCUUCCAAGUUCAAGUUACAGAUAUCCCACAACCGCCUGGACCUAUUCAGCUGUACGAGAACGUGCCCAAUACAGUGACAGUCGCCUGGGAGCCGUCGGCUUCCGAAAAAUGGGAACGAGAUCUUUACUACACGGUCCUGAAACGCGAGUCACAGAAGGGUGUGUGGCGCGUGGUGGGUGACCUGAUCUACAACAACAAGUUCACGUUCACCAAACUGAUCCCAGGCCGGGAGUACUACUUCAGAGUCGUGGCGAAAAAUAACUUGGGAGCCAGCGAUCCGUCUGAAACUGUGCAGCCUUGGACGAUUAAGAAAACAAAGGUUGAAUUCCAAGUCAAACCGCAGCAGUACAGGGGUGUUAAUCACAAGCAGCCCCCCAGAUUCCUCGUCCCGUUGAAGCCUCACGUGGUGACAACCGGGAGCGAGUGCCGGAUGAGCUGUGCGGUUGGGGGCUGUCCCCCCCCAAAGAUCACCUGGUACAAGGACAGCAGAGACCUCUCCAACGACCCCACCUAUUUCUGCACAAACGACUUUGGCGUCUGCUCCCUGGUUGUCCUGGGUGUCACGAAACACGACGAAGGGGAAUAUAUGGCAGAAGCCACCAAUGAAUUGGGCCGUACAUUCUGCAAAGCCUUCCUCACUAUUAAAGACUCCACCCUGUAGCACCACCUUCCCGAGGACAUCUCUGCACUACUACACAAUGGGAAGGUUGUCGCUGAGAACUGGCUCUGUACAACAGCUGUGUAUUUAUUUUCAGAUGUGCAUUAUAGUCUGAGUGCUUUAAUUUCAGAUCCAGUAGUUGCUAUCUUGAACAUGAUGCUGCGUUGUAGUCUAAAUGGGGGAAAACAAAGCUUUGAGAGAGUUGGAUCUUUAGGUAAUGAUCAUGGCUUUCCACUAGACCUUUGAAACACAGAUGAGAGACUUCAGGAACACAGAAGAUGAGAGGAAAACUCAUUGGCCAAAGUGAACUUUCCAUGGAGAACACAGGUGUGAGCGAUCGUUCAUACACCACUCACCCGCUGCCCGGCUGCAACAAGAAUAUUUCUUGACACCAGAGAUCUAAGAUGACGACCUUUUUGCAUGAGGUUUUCUAAUCUGAAGCAAUUGUUUUAGAUUCCCUGUAAUUCUCAGCAGGAUUCCGGACUCUGGUAGAAGCAGUUCUGCAUGUAUUCCACUACCAGUAGCAGCUAAGUAUAGAAUUUCCCUUAACCUCUAAGUUGAAAAGAGUCUCUACCUGCUGGUUUUGUCUGGGCAAGAGAUAAGUUCUCAGACUAGGGUAACGUGGGGUAGUGCAAAACACGUCGAUGGGAAUGAAUGGAAAUCUAGAACCAGCUGUAUUAGUGUGAGCAGAUCAAUGCUGUACUUAAACAGCUAAAAAAGGAUGUCGGUCCUAAACUACCACAUUAGUAUCGUCGUUGAAACAGAACUGCCCUUACCUCAUGAUGUUGCCAGAAUGUUUUUGCCUAAUGCAAAAAAAGGGGUUAAAAAUCUGUCAUGUUUGAGCAGAAAGAGGUACCACCAGAGAUCAUCUGCAUGGCUGGGGAUUCCAUCACUGAGUGGAGGAUGAGACUGGAAAGCAAAAAUAAACGAUUAUAGCACUGUAGCCUUACCACCAAAAGUACUUUGAUGACAGCAUCUACAAGACAGGAGAAUCUGGAUCAAAGACUCAAAGCCACUGGAUCCUCAGACAGCCAGUCAAACAUUUACGUGGGGCUGACAUGUUCUUUUUGAUUGUCUUUUGUACAACGUUGUACAGACAUAGCAACAGUAGAUGAUGAAAUUAAACCAUAGUUCAGUAAAACCUA